GGCGCCGCGCCGGGGGCCGGGCGGGGCGGUCAUGAGGGCGGCCUGAGGGACGGCUCCGAGCGAGCCCCGGCAUGGGCGAGAGGCGGCGCGGGGAGAGCGGCGAGCCGGGCACGGGAUUCCCCCUGGAUUCCCAGGAUCAGAGCUGUUCCCUGCUGCAGAGGGCCGUGGCCGUGCUCCAGAGCUCCUCUCUGCACUCGGGCUCCCAGCAGCUCUUCCAGUACAGCCGAGCCCUCCUGGUGGAAAACGAGCUCUUCCUGAGUGAGCUCCGAGCUUUUGCCCGAGCCAAGGCGGCGGCGGGAUACAGCCAGGAGGAGCUGCAGGAGAGCUUUGCAUUCCUGCUCUUCGACAAGGAGGAGGAGGCCCAGCGGGUUUGCCAGCGCGGGCUCCGCGUCAACAGCAGCAACAUCUGCACCCUGGGGGACCCUGCCAAAGGGGUUUAUAUUUCCAAAUAUUCCGACUGCCUCCACCCCAGCCCUUGGCACCAAGGGAAAUCAGGAUUUAUUGUCAUCUGUAAACUCAUCAAGCUCCCUGGAUCCCAGCACCCCUUCCCAGGGCACCUCCCAGCCGGAGAGGAGCCCCGCGGACUCCCAGACGACGCGGACGGAGCUGCCGCAGCCGUGGACAGCACGGUGUCCUCCUCCUCGGGGGAGCUGCCCUGCAGGGAGGAGGAGGAGGAGCCUUCCUCCACCAGCUGUCCCGAGAGCCUUUCCCUGCAGGAGCAUUCCAGGGAAAAGCUGGAUGGGGCAGGCGGGGAGCCCGAGGGUGUUCCCGAGGAGAGCGCGCCCGACGUCUCCAGCGGCACCGCGGAGGAGGCAGCCAAGGAGGACCUGCUGGAUGCCAGGAUCACCCCCAGCCCUCCCGAGGAGCUCAGCUGUCCCAGCAAAUCCCCGGGAACGGAAAUCCCCGGGAGCCAAACCCCAAACUCCAGCACAGCUCCGUGGACAGACCCCCCCAGUGCUCCUCGGGAAAACGGGGAGCAGCAGCAGGAGAAGCAGCAGGAGGCAGGAUCAGAGAGUGGCCCCGGCCCUCCCGAGGAUGAGGAGGGAGUGGGAGGCUCUGGGCAUUCCCUGGAAGUUGAGGAUGGCGCUGAUCCGCAGCCUGCCUGUGAUUCCGUGCCCUUGGAGACAACUCCUGGAAGUGCAGAGCCUGGGGGAGCCACUGAGGAAGGGCAGGAAUGCCAGGAGCCUUCGGAGCACUCGGAAAAGGAGGAGAGGGAGGUGGAGGAGGAGGAGAAGGAGAACGAGGAGCUGGAGGAUGAAAGCUCCUUCCUGGGCCCUGUGGAUUUGGUGCUGUCCGAGAGCAGCGAUGCCGAGAUGGAAUGCGAGCACGGCGAGCAGAAUCCAGGGAAUUCGGCGUCUCCAGAGGAGUUUGGUGCUCCUGAAGAGGAGCCCGUGCCCAGCCCCACCUCCCUGGCACCGCCCUGCCCUGACAGAUCCUCCCCAGCGCCCUCAGAUGGGGCUGGGACUGACCCUGGAGCCUUUCCCGAGGAGAUGUCACCAAACCAGGAGGAGCUCCCGGAUCCCUGGGACGCUCCGGGCACGCCGGAGUCAGAGACAGACGGGGCUGGAGUGGCCAGUCUGGCCGAGCUGGGGUCACCCCACGGUGACAGCGGGGAGCUGCCAGUCCCCCCUGAGCCCAGCCUUGUCCGUGGGGCACAGCCUGACAGUGUCACAGACAGCCCAGAUCCUGCUGGAGCCACGCUGGGGAACGGGAACGGCUCCGAGCACAAAAUCCGGGAUCAGGCGCCCUCUGGAGAGCACUGGGAGCCUGCUGGGAACACAGGGUCCCCCUGCAGACCGGGAAUGAGCCUGGCCCUGUCCCCUGACACCAGCUCCAUCUGCCUGACCUCUCCCACCGGGUCCCUGGAUCCGUGGGCUGCUCCAGAGGAUCAGCCCAUGGAGAGCAUCCAGUCCCCGUCCCAGAGCGACCUGGGACAGAGCAGCUGCUUCUCCCAGCAGGGGUGGGGAUGGCACCGAUCCCGACCCCAAUUCCCUGGAUGCUGAGGAGUCACCCCAAGGUGGGAACGGGGUGUUGGUGGAGGAACAGCUGGGGAGCCCCUCUGCCAACAGCACAGAGGAGCUGGAUGAUCCCAUGGGAGCAGGAGAUGGCCGGGACUCCCCCUUGGAGUACACGGACAUAGGAGAUGACUGCAGAGCUGAGGAGAGCGAGGAUGUGUUCCCUGGGACAGAGAAUUCCCCUGGGAAUGACACCACGAACACGGAGAUGGCGGAGAUCCCUGUCCACCAUCACCUCCUGGAAUCAGAGCCCUCCUCCUCCAUCAGGGAGGGCAUCUCAGCCGUACAGGAGCUCCCCAGGCAGCAGCAGAGCUUCCCAAACAUCCACGGGGACUCAGCUCCUGCUUCUCCCCGCCCCCAGAGACUCCAAUCCCGGCGUUCCCGCCGUGCCGGGCCGGCGGGAGUCGGUGCUGUGCCGCCUCUGGAAGCCGUGCUGGGAUGGAGGAGCCUCCCAGGUGAGCGUGGCUGCCUGGAGCCUGGAUGGCUCCUUCCAUCCCAGCUGUUCCCAAGAGCUCGUGGAAUCCCCAGCUCCCUGCUCCCCCCUGGAGGCGUCAGCGGAGCCGGGAUCUGCUCCUCCUUCUCCCUGUGACCCGUGGGACGAUCCGGAGCCUGCGGAACCGGGCUCACCACUCCCUGAGGUGCUCCCUGGGAUGCUCCCUCCCACUCCAGACAGUGCCCAGUGGGCUGGGAGCCAUGGCAGCCCUGGGAUCAGCCCUGGGAG